UAAACCGACUUUUUUUGGUCAAAAGAUAAACCGACUAGUGUUGCAGUGUUUGUUUGUUCCAAAAGCAUGGAAAUUUCUGAAGGAGUAUGGCCGGCUGUGGUUUUGGGAGGUUUGCCACUGUUGGGGUUGCUCUUCUGGUGGUGGAAUGAGCUCUGGUAUGUGCUUCCUCUCAAACUACAACGUUCAGCUACUGGUGCCAAACUUCCGCCCGGUCAUAUGGGAUUUCCAUUUAUUGGUGAACUGCUCACCUUCCUUUGGUACUUCAAAUUUCUUUGUCGUCCAGAUGAAUUUAUCAAUGCUAAACGGGCUAAGUAUGGUGAUGGAGUAGGAAUGUAUAGAACACACCUGUUUGGAUCACCAUCCAUCAUAACAUGCUUUCCGGCGGUCAACAAAUUUGUAUUCCAAUCAUCGGAUAUCUUCACCCUAGUUUGGCCAAGUAAUGAUCUUCUGGGUCACAAAUCGUUGUUUGCCGUUCAUGGAAAGUCCCAUGAACGACUGAAAAGCUACAUCACGAAAGUAAUCAAUCAGCCCGACGCUCUCCGAGGCAUUGCUCUCCUUGUCCAACCCCACAUGAUUGCUUCACUUGAAUCAUGGACUCAAAAGGGUAGAAUUAAUGCAUAUGAUGAGGUUAAGAAGAUGACUUUGGAAAAUAUUGGAAAGUUGUUCUUAAGUUUGGAGGCGGGACCUCUCCUAGAUACCAUUGAUAGGUUGUUUGGUGGAUUGACUGAUGGACUUAGGGCUCAACCAUUUAACAUUCCUGGAUCUGCUUUUCACCAUGCUCUUCAGUGUAGGAAGAAGCUCGAGGCCAUUUUCGGCAGGGAGCUGGAAAAGAAAAAAACCCAGAAAAAAGGGUUGACAAAUGACCUGAUGGAUGGACUAAUGCAAAUUAAAGAUGACAAAGGUGAUAAAUUAAGUGACCAAGAGGUGAUCGAUAACAUUGUGAGCCUUGUUGUUGGCGGAUAUGCAUCUACUUCCCUUGCAUCAAUGUGGGCUAUAUAUUGUCUUGCCAAAUACCCUAAUGUCCUUGAAAAGCUUCGGGAUGAGAAUUUAGCUAUAAGUCGGAACAAGACGGGAGACUUGAUUACGAGUGAAGAUGUUUCUAAAAUGAAAUACACAAACAUGGUGGUAGAAGAAACAAUAAGAAUGGCUAACUCUGCAGCAUGUAUCUUCCGAUUAGCUACCAAGGAGGCUGAAUAUAAAGGUUAUAAAAUACCUAAGGGUUGGAAUGUGAUUCUUUGGGUUCGGUAUAUCCACACAGAUCCAAAUAACUUUGAUGACCCUAUGAUCUUUAACCCAGAUAGAUGGAAUGAACCAGCAAAGCCUGGAACAUUCCAAGUUUUUGGUGGCGGAACAAGAAUAUGUGCAGGCAACAUGCUUGCUAGGAUGGAGCUUGCAAUCUUGUUACAUCAUUUGUCAACAAAAUACAAGUGGGAAUUGCGCAAUCCAAAUGCCGAAGUGGUGUAUCUUUCUUUUCCAAAGCCAGCUGACGGGGUUGAUAUCAUGUUCAGCAAAAUUUAAGCAUUCUCGUCGAUCUUCACAUAGUUCCAGUCUCAAUAAAGUUUGAACCAAGAAAGUAGUGAUCAGUUGUAAACGCUUUUUAUGUUUUGGUCGUGAAUUGUGUCGCACAAAGUUAUGUAUGUGGUUUAUCUCUUAAAUUUCAAUAUGAAAGUACUUGCACUA